AUGUAUCGAAGACAUCGAUUCGCAGUGUGCAUAUUUUGCCAGGUGACUCGUGCCGUAAACAAUGAACUCGUUGGCCAAAGUUAGUAGCUUUGUGUUCCAGUCUGUACAAAUUUCUGGAUGUGGUCUUCAACAAAUACGUACAAAGUAUGCCGACUGGAAGAUGAUACGUGACGUUAAACGUCGUAAGUGCGUGGAAAAAUUUGCCAAGGAACGUUUGCAAAUCAAUUCAAUACGCAAAAACGAUAUUCUUCCUCAUGAACUACGACAGCUGGCCGAUGUAGAUAUUGCAGCAUUUCCUCGGGACUCUUCCUUGGUACGUGUUCGUGAACGUUGUGCACUUACGUCACGACCUCGGGGCGUCGUUCACAAAUAUCGGCUUAGCAGAAUCGUGUGGCGGCACUUAGCAGAUUACAAUAAGCUAUCUGGAGUUCAAAGAGCCAUGUGGUAGCCUGAGUAACCAGAACUCUUAGGCUUACUAACUUAUUUGUUACAAAAUAAAUCGGGGCUUGCUAGUAGCCGUAUAGCUAUGUAUGUAAACUAUGAAUUCAAGCAGUCGCGAAA